UCAUCUUUCCAACUCCGACAACAAUCACAUUCAGAUUUAUUUUGAUCUCCUUCCCUUUUCCGAUUCCGAUUUCAAUUUCUCAUCUUCUCCGAUUCGCUCUCUAGACUGACACACACUAGGAACGGUUUCAAUUUCGGAUUCUCUACUUUUGCCAUGGAUACUAGUCGUAAGAGAGGACCGCCUGAAGCUGGCUCCAAUGGCGGCGGCGGGUUUAAAAAGUCUAAGCUAGAGAUGGAAUCAACUGGUUUAGGAAGCAAAUCCAAGCCAUGCACUAAAUUUUUCAGCACUUCUGGCUGUCCUUUUGGAGAGAACUGCCAUUUCUUGCAUUAUGUUCCCGGAGGAUACAAUGCUGUAGCACAGCUGACAAACAUGGCACCACCCAUGCCUCAAGUUUCAAGAAACAUGCAAGGAUCCGGUGCUGGUGGAGGGAGAUUCUCUGGUUCUGGCCACGUCUCCAGCUUUGGUGCCUCUGCCACUGCGAAAAUCAGCGUUGAUGCUUCAUUGGCUGGCGCGAUCAUUGGAAAAGGUGGAGUCAGUUCUAAACAGAUAUAUCGUCAAACUGGGGCGAAGUUAACGAUUCAAGAUCACGAGAGAGACCCGAACCUGAAGAACAUUGAGCUUGAAGGAACGUUUGAGCAGAUAAACGAAGCCAGCGUGAUGGUUAGAGAGCUGAUCGGAAGGCUCAACUCGGCAGCUAGGAGACCACCUGGUGGUGGUGGGAUUGGUUCUGAAGGGAAACCGCAUCCAGGGAGCAACUUCAAGACGAAGAUGUGUGAGAGAUUCUCUAAAGGAAGCUGUACAUUUGGUGAUAGAUGUCACUUUGCACACGGGGAAGCGGAGCUACGCAGGUCAGGAAUCUCCUAAGUUAUUAUUGCUGGAGUUAGUUUACUUGCAAAACAAGUCUCUUCUUUAUUGUUAGAGUCACGUCUUCACCUACUUACUUUUUUUAUGUUGUUUUCUUUUGUUUACGAGAGAAUACAAUGUUAGUUUCAUUGUCAUUGUAUGGUUUCUUAGAAUUUACUUUUUUGUUAAAAUCAAGUUUGGGAGGUUUCAUGAAUGAUAUUCACAAACUUGCUAGGGUUUGUAUCCUGCCUUUAUUUGAUUAUAUUCAUGU